UUGAGCAUGUAGGAAAUAAUUUGAGUGGUUAUGUACUUUUAAAAUUUUGCUGACGUUUUAUUGAAAGUUUUAUUUUUCACCAAUUAAAUUGUUUGUGUUCGUCGGCGUCAGGUUAAGAACGAAAUUUUACUUCGAGUUGAAGUAGCCCAAUAAUCACUAAUUUUUUGUUAAUUUACUUUCUAAGGACUCGCCCAAUAAUGAACUUGGACGUUUCAUUGACUUUAAGCAGGAAGGAGAUACUUGUGGAAAAUUAUACCGUAUUCUGUCCCAACAGUUCUAUACAAUGUUUGGAUGUUACAGUGUGUUUCCAAUACAUCGGCAAAAGUGUCUCUGGUCCUUAUGAAAUUCAAUACCAGUUCGAUUUGGAUUAUCAAACAUUGCAAAAUGUUAAUAAGAGAGUGUAUUUUAAUGAAUCAGGAAAUGUAAUUUACUCCAAGCGUGAUAAAAUAAGACUUCCAGGCAAGAAUGUUACGUCGUGUGUGGAAUUCACUCACAUUCAUGUUCGAGAAAACAAUCUUGUGGACCGAUUGAGGCUUGGAGCCAACAGCAUCGGUUUCAAAAUAAAUUACAGUCUAAUUUUACCACCAAACUGCGAAAAUACGACUUUAUGUCCGAUUUUGGAUACAAGUAAAGGCUCUGUUAGAACGGAACAGUGUUGAUGAAAAUGAAAUAAUUAUUGGUGAAACCAAUUCCAGAAAAGUGACUGUUGAACUCAGCAGUUCUGGCGAAGUUGCGU